AUGUAUGGCGAUUUGGGAACCAAGCUGGUCCAACAUGCCAAACGCACGCAAUCCCUCGCGUAUCUCCCUCCCUACCAGAGGGAAAUCGUUCAAGCAAUGACACGUGAAGUCCGCGACCUGGACAGAGAUGUGGCUCGUAUCCUUGAACAGCUCGAACAAGCUCGCGUAACGGCUGAAGGAGGAGAAGGAGGUGUCCCUCAGUCAUCGUUCAAUCCCGCAGACGACCCAGCAACGGCAUGUGCCCUCUUAGUCGACCAUCUAUCGAUGCGACGCAACAAACGCUGCCUUCUCGCAUAUCACCGAAUCCGGGCAGAGAAGAUUGAGGAAAUGUGCUGGAAUGGGAUUGACCCCCUAGAGCACCAACUACGACAGCGAGAAAUCGAGAGCGAGAACAAGAACGAUGAAGAUAGCGGCGUGCCAAAGGGAGACAGGACCGCUCUCUCAAGUGGCUAUUACAAUAGCUCACUGACGCCGGUGGAAGAAGAGUAUUUUCGACAGUACAAUGAUAUGCUAAUGGCGUAUAAAGGCCAUUGGACAGAUAUUGAUUUGACGGGCAGCCUGGAGCCACCCAAGGAAUUAUACAUUGAUGUUCGAGUGCUAAAGGAUGCUGGCGAGAUCCAGACUGAAUACGGGUAA